AUGUCCGCAUAUUGCAUAUUAUCCUCGUUUUGCUUGCUGGCGCUUGCGCCGCUCAUCGUGUUCUUCUCGAUGGCAGACGAACCAUUCAAAGAUGCGUUGCAGAAGUUUGGAGCCGCGGCGUGGAACAGUAAAAUGGAAAUGAUGCUUAGCGCCUCCACCAAGGACGCUACGCUCAAGUCGGAGGCCGAUGCUCUCGUCGACUCAUUGUUGACUAACGAUCUGGCGUACACAGAGUGGCUCACGGCAGAAAAAGUGUGCCCUCACGUGAACAAUCCAAAGCAAGAUUUGGACAAGGUGCAGGCAACCAUCUCAAGUUGUGGCGGUACGCUUGGAGAUAUCAAGCCGCAUGGCAUCAGGGCAUUUACAGUAAGUUGUUCCCACACGAUGGCGUGGAUCUGGGCCGUGGAAAGCGGCGCGAGCCCGACGGCCGAUUCGGUGGAAUACGCAAUCAACGGAAAGCUUAGCAAGGACAGGUUGUGCGAGCUGUCGCCAUCGAUGUCCCAGCCGUUUGAGAAAGGGCUGCCCUUUGUCAUAGUGAGGCACGAAGUAGCUAGUGCGUGCCCGAUGAUCGCCGCCUUCCUUCAGGAAGCGGGCAACGUCGGCAAUCGGAUCAGGAAAGACCCAUCUAUCAUGCAAGUUCUCUUCCAACUGCAUGCCAGGGCCGUGACGAACACCAAAUUGCAGGGCAAGCCGAACUGGGACGGUAUAGCCAAACAACUGGAUAGCUUUCGGCCCGAUCUGGCAGGGCAAAUGUCAAAUCUUUGUAAGUUUGUGGAGAACUGGGCGGGCGGGGCCGACCCUAUCCAUCUUAAAGAUUUGGACACGUUCGGGAAACAGCUCAAAUUCCAGCGCGAUCUGUCGCCAGCCACACUUGUUUUGUUCAAGGAUCUACCAUUUGCCAAGAUGCCAAGUUGGAUAUUCAUGUGUCUUAAAGCGUGCCAGUCGGCGCCCGAAAACUUUGUAGUCAAAGGCGAAUGCAAACUAUUCAACAGCGUGGACACGCAGGCAAUGACUGGCAACCUUAUGCCGCAUAUAACAGAAGCAGUCGCCAGAUACACCAAAGGCCGAGAUUGGCUGGCCAGCCUUGGCGUCGAUGAGGGGGCAAUCGUGAAGCAUUCAGGCGAGUUCGCAAUGCAACUGGUCAUGCACGUGUGCAGCAAGAGGUCAAAGAGUCGGAAACAGUUCAAGUCAAUCGAUGAGAUAUGCGAUGAUUUCGUUCGAUGCGUGGCCGACGUGGUGAAGGAUCCCAAAGUAAAGGCGCCGUGGCAGAGCGAAUCCAGUGACAAUGGCAAGUCUGGCGCAGCAUUCCGUGAAUUUUCAGGAAAUGCAUUCGACCCGUCUUCGUUGGCAGCUAUGGGGUUCGUUCCGAAGGUGCACGUGACGACCAGCAGCCGCAAAGGCGAGACAUGCAAGUUGGACUCCGUGGGCGCGGAGUGCGUUCUGGUUCUCGUGAACGACAGCGGCAGGAUCCCCGUGAAGCUAAAGGUGUCAGCCGCCGAUUUGGCCGACAGCUGGUCCAUCAUGCAACCUGAGCAUAAGGUGGUCGCUCAAACAAAGGAUCUUCAGUCGCCGCAUGACCACUCAGACAGCUUGGCGGAAUGCACAAAGGCUGUUGCGAAGCUGGCGCUUGAGAAGGCGUUCAUCGAGCACCAGUCGGUAGCAUACAAUGGCGGUGGAGAUACAGGUUUCGAGGUGCAGUUGAAACCGCAGAGGUCCGUGUUCACCAAGUCCGCCUAUGCGAAAGGUAAGCUCGUGCUGGUCCCUUUCUCGACUUCGGUUUCGGCCCUCUCUAAGGACGGCCCAAAUGGCUCCGUCUGCCUAGGCUGCCCUAGGGAUGCGUCUGGCAAGGUUCAGGCGUUUGUUUCUCAGCGCUGCGACUACGCGCACGGGGAGACCGUAUCGGGCUGCCACUCCAAGGAGGUGGUGCCGUUCGUGGCGCCGUUCUGGUGCGUGAAGCCCGAGGGGGACAGUGCCUCCGCCAACAUGCAGGUCAGCCACAUCCGCAUCCUAGUCGGGGCUGGGAGCAGCCUUUCCGACGGCGGAGACGCCUUCGUGGACGUCCCAGUGCUCACGAACAAGUCCAGCUUGAAGGCUGGCGAUGAGUUGAGGGUGUUUGACCAAGAUCGGGCAGCCUUGAGCAAGGCCAAAACCAAGAAGAGGGGCGUCGACGCCUCUGGGGGCACGGCGAAGAGACAUCGGCAGGCGGUUUGA